AUGAUACUAGGAUUCCUCGCUGGUCCAAAAAUAUCGUACUUUGAGUUUCUAAUAACUUCAGAGUUUAACUUGGGCAACAGCUUACCAAGGUUACCACUGUGGACAACCCAUGUUGUCAACUCAUACAUCGCACUUGAUUCACAACAAGGACAUAUUAAAGGAUUUGGAAGACUCUCUAAAAAGCACAUAACAUCAACACCAUUCAAAGGUAGUAAGCAGCAGAUGGAAAUUCCUACAGAAAUAAGAGAUUACAUGGAGCUAAAAUUUGAAGGAAUUCCUUUAUGCCAGGAAAAGAAGAGGCUGCAAUCGUUGGUUUCCAAUUUCUUCAAGAAAAUGGUUCAAAAUUGCAUACCAAUCGUUAAAGGUUAUGUAGACGACAUUCAACUUGUUUCAUCUUCAACACAUAAACAAGAACUUGAGCCAUCUUUCGAGAACGAAUUGCAUUUUCCUGCCCAAGCUAAUAAGAAUGCAAUAAUUGAAGAAAGCAAGUCAGAAAUGGUUGUGUACCAACAGAAGAAAAAAGUCUCGGAAGAAGAGAUGGAGAAAUUCUUCCAGAAUAUGUUGUUUUUCAAUCAAAUUCAAGUUCCACAAGACAACUACGACAUUAGAAGUGAGUUCCAUCAAAUUCUACAUAAUAUCAGUGAACGUUGUUCCCUUGGAGAACAAUCUGGUGGUUUUGAUCUACCAAAUCUUUAUCCUGAAUUCGAAUCAAGUUUACUAUAUCCAAAAGGCAUGACAUCAGCAAUCAAUGUGAAUGAUACAUCGUUGCAGUUCUCUGAAUUCCUUAAACAAAUUAAAGAAGAGCUUUCUUUUGAAAUAAAAAAUCAAAGGAUAUCAUAUCCAACAAUGGAACAGGACUGCAAGUUCUCUCUUCAGAAUUUUGAGUUCUAUUUGCCUAGUGAAGAAGAACCAUUUCAUGGAGAUGAUGACAACUUGCAUGAAUUCUUUAGGAGACCAGAUAAUAUUUUAUCACACAAUGGCAUAAUAAGAGGUUGGAUUCACCCCUGUGUAAUGGAUUGUUAUGGAAUGCUAACUUCAACCGAGCAAAUUCAUCGUAGAAAAGAAGGGAAAUUUGGUGAGAAAGAAAUUCUCAUGCAUGUCGUCAUAAAAGAAGUCACGAAAUUACCGAUGGACCCUAACCUGGAUUGUUCUGACCCAGAAUAUAAGAGGGUUUUAUCACUAGAUUAUGUUGGAUAUAGAUUGGAAAAUGCAGGACUGGUACACAUUCCAUGUCCAGUUGGAAAAGAGUGGAUUCUUAUUGUCGCAAACUUCAUUGAUAAAUCAUUUGAUGUAUUAAAUCCCGAUUCCGCAGAAGAAAAGUUCUCAUCGUAG